AUGGAAAGAGAGUGUUUCCCUCCUCCUCCUCAUCCUCAUGUAAUAGUUUUUCCAUUUCCAGUACACAGCCAUGUUCAUGUUAUGCUAAAUCUAGCUGAGAUCCUCUCCCUUCAUGGCUUCCAUAUCACAUUUUUCAUCACCGAAUAUACACGUAAAAGUUGUUAUUUUAGAGAAAUUUCUUCUCAUUUUGCACGUUAUCUCGGUUUUCAUUUCCAGACAAUUUCAGAUGGUUUGCCCUUCAACCAUCCAAGAACAGGUGACAAAGUCGCUGAACUGUUUAACUCCAUAGAUUCUACAACAAAACCACAGUUUAAGGAGGUGCUGAAAUCAGGGCUCGUAACUCGUGAUGGCAGGCCUCCUAUAACUUGCGUAAUUGCUGAUGGAAUUAUGUGCUUUACAAUUGAUAUCGCAAAGGAAUUCCAACUUCCUACCAUUCUCUUUCGUCCAUUCAGUGCAAGCUGCUUUUGGUCUUUAUUUUGUGUCCCUAAGCUCAUAGAUGCUCUCGAGCUUCCAUUAAAAGGAGACUACAACAUGGACAAAUUAGUGUCAAAUGUGCCAGGAAUGGAGGGCUUUCUUAGGCUCCGGGAUCUUCCAAGUUUCUGUCGUGCAAAUGAUCUAUCAGAUCCUAAACUUCAACAUGUUGUGUCUGAGACUCAUCGUGCUGCCAGCGGCUAUGGCCUAAUACUGAACACGUUUGAAGAACUAGAAGAGUUCUCAUUAGCCCAUAUUCGCACUAAAUUUCAAAAUGUGUAUACAAUUGGACCCUUACAUGCCAGCUUGAAAACAAAGACAACGUUGCAGAUGCGAUCAUCUAGUGGACUCAAGGAAGAGGAAAGUAAAUGCAUGGCAUGGUUAGAUGAUCAGGCAUUGAAAUCUGUAGUUUAUGUGAGUUUUGGAAACAUGACAGUGUUGGAUAUACACCAGUUGAUGGAGUUUUGGCAUGGUUUGGUGAAUAGCGGGAAGCCCUUUUUGUUGGUCAUUCCGGCUAACCUGAUUUCCGAGGAGUUCCAGGUUCCAAGAGUCCAUUUUGAGGGCACUAAACAAAGGGGAAAAGCGGUGAAUUGGGCGCCACAAGAGGAAGCUCUUGCCCACCCGGCCAUAGGCGGGUUUUUGACACAUAGUGGAUGGAAUUCUACUCUUGAGAGUAUUUGUGAAGGAGUACCAAUGAUAUGUUGGCCAUUUUAUGCUGAUCAGCAAGUGAAUAGCAGACUGGUAGGGGAGGUGUGGAAGAUUGGAUUGGACAUGAAGGAUAUUUGUGACAGAGUCAUAGUGGAGAAAAUGGUGAAAGAAUUGCUGGAUGUGAGAAGGGAGGAUUUUAUGAAAUCGGCUAAUCAAAUGGCAAGAUUGGCAAGAAAAUCAGUGAGUCAAGGAGGGACAUCCUACUGUAAUUUGAAUCGUUUGAUUGAGGACAUAAAAUCAAUGAAUUGUUUGAUUCAGGAUAUCCCAAAAUCCAACUAUUAA